CCAAGUCUGAACUCACUGUGCUUUACCGAUUGUCCAAACGAAAAUGAAGAACCAUUCCCCGUCGGCCAUUUCGGCCGAGAAACACUUGGUCUGGAUUGAUUGUGAGAUGACUGGUCUGGACGUGACUGUGGACCAAAUAAUUGAGAUCGCGUGCAUCAUCACUGAUAAAGAUUUGAAGGAGCUGGAUGACGGGAUCCAAUUCGUGAUACAUGUGGACCAAUCCGUUCUUGAUCGAAUGGGGCCGUGGUGUCAGAAUCAGCAUGGAAAGUCGGGAUUGUCCGAAGCUUGCCUCCAAUCGCCACAUACAUUGACAGAAGUAGAUCAGAAGAUUCGCCGUUAUCUUGAGCUCCACUUGCCCGGACUUAAAGGCAAAGCGGUUCUAGCAGGGAACUCGGUGUACGCAGACAAGAUGUUCUUGGACAAGGACCUACCUUUGGUGUCGGAAUAUUUACAUUAUCGUCUUGUAGACGUGAGCUCGAUUAAAGAACUUGCCAGGAGAUGGGAGCCCAAGCUUGUAGAGCUCGCAAAACCCGCCAGUAUACCCUCUAAACAUCGCGCACUCGACGACAUUCGCGACUCGAUAUCUGAGCUACGAUUCUAUCGAAAGAAUUUCUUUCUCCCAUCCACGAAUUCUGGCAAUCCUUGAGCCGCCUUGUUUACACUUCUCCUACCUCCCCUGAUUACACAUGUUCAAGCCUUUCAGUAGGGCGCUUUUCCCAUCCUCAACUAAUGGCUAAUGCGCCGCUUUGCGAAUUGAUUGUAUAUAGUAAAUAUGAUUUUUUUUUCUGAA